AUGCCCCCGAUACGCUCUCCCCGCUUCUCCCGCUCCCUCCGCACUUCCAUCUCCGCUUCCGACGCACAAGAAGAGGAAUCUCUGAACGACGACAUCGAGCCUAUCGACGACCAGACGUGGACGACAGGGGACUUCACGCUUGUCUCGUCCGACCUGGUGAUCUUCAAGAUUGAGAGCUACCACCUUCUCUCGGCCAGCCCGGUUUUUGGUGCCGCCAGCACCGUGAGCCCAGGUGAGCAGCGCAUCGAGUUCGCCGACCUCGAGCUCGAGACCGCCCCUGUCCUCCGCCUCUUCCUCUCCCUCGCCACCACCGCUACCUUCGGCCCCACCUUCACUCCCUCCGCCGCCCUGGAGCACGAGGACCCCAACCUCACACUCCUUCCCCUCAUCGCCUUCCUCCAGAAGUACGACGCCAUACGGGUCCUCCGCGCCGCACUCUCCUGUAUCGACCGCCUCGUAUCCACGGGCAAGAUGACCGCGUACGCUGGGCUCAUCCUCGGCGUGACGGCCGACGACGUGCCCACCUGCACAACGGCCCUGAACACGGAGGACGCGCGCUUCCCGUUCCCGACACCCGAUGACCCAGUGUACUGUGCCGGCGCGAACCGCUCCACUGUCAACCCACGCGGGUUCCCUUACAAUGUGUGGCGCAAGCUCUCCCCGCAAUAUACGUGGGCACUCACGCGUGGAUGGAUACCGGGCCAGACGGACGGCUUUCCCGACCGCUUCGAGCGGCUCAUCAAGCUGGCGAAGGCGCACGAUGGCGAGAAGAUCGCGGAUGGUGAGGAGGUCGAGGUGGAGUGA